GGAUGAUCCUGUGGAUUUUUUGGACGCCACUUCUCCUUCUGGGAUCGGGCCGUUGUACUUGCAGUUGUUGGGCUGUAUUUUUUACUACCGCCAAGGAGAUAUUUGGCCAUUUCUGCAGCCCUUUUUGCUUGUUGAUAUACGAUUUCAGCUUGAGCUUGUUAAAUCUGUUAUCCUUAUCGUAAAACGCGCAGAUAGUGUCGUAAUGAUUCAACCGAUAUUCAACAGCAGCGACGAAAAUGUUCAAAUCGGACGUUU